GGGUAUAUAUAUAUAUAUAUAGCCUGAAAUAACUAAAAAACAGACAAAAUAGUAUCAGAAUUCAAAAAAUCAAACCACCAUGGCCGCCGCCGCCGCCACCCUCUCUCAAUGCAGUUUCUUACCCACCUUAACUUGUAUGAAACCAAAUCCCAAACGCAAACCCAUUAAUCCCCUUCUCUUCCCCAACUCUUACAAACCCAUUUCUUUCUCCACCACAAACCCCAGGUUGAGAAUCUCUCAUACAGAAGCAAUAUUACCAAAACGGCCCCGUAGGCUAUUUGUGGUUUCUAGGUUGGUGGAUGGCAAUUCUGAGACAUACCCCGAAGUAGAAUCAAAUGAUUUGAAUGAGGAGAGUGCAACCAUUGACAUAAAGCUGCCAAGGAGGAGUUUGCUUGUGCAAUUUACUUGUAAUGAGUGUGGCGAGAGGUCCCAGAGGCUUAUAAAUCGCUUAGCCUAUGAACGGGGACUUGUAUUUGUGCAGAAUUUUGUCCAAGGAUAUUUUCGUAUGCUCCCCAUAUUAUGCCUCAGUGUGCAGGGUGUGAGAGGUAUCACAAGUUAGCUGAUAAUCUUGGUCUUAUUGUUGAGUAUGACUUGCGGGAGGAAAUCAGUGCAGAAUCAAAUGCAGAUCAAGUUUGAUAAGAAACAAUGAAUCAAGUUUCUAUUCUGUUUCUUCUUUUGAAUAUUUUUGUUCAUGGUUGUAAGGUUCGUCUUUAUUAUAUACUUCGAGGGACUGAAAAUGUACAAAAAUGUUGACAAUUUCUUGGCUUGCCUUUUACAUUUUAAUUCCUAUAAUAUGAAUUCCAUACCAA